UUCGUGUUCCCUACGUUAAGCCACGGCCCAUCCAUCAUCACCUUCAAAUUCCUCUCUGCCGCUUUUCAUGUUAUCCGCGCUGCGCGUAUGCACACAUCGAUCAUACCAGCACUGAACUACUGAUAGCGCCAGCACAGUAGAGCACUGGAGCAAUGCAGCUUUCUGCAAGGCUCUUGAUUCUUGCCAUUCUUCUCGUCGCUCUGCUGUCGCGCACCGCUAGCCAUGACAACGACGACAGGCCGUCCCCGCCGUGCUCGCCCGUCGACCGGGCCGCGCUGCUCGGCUUCAAGGCCGGCGUCGCCGUGGACACCACCGGCAUCCUCGCCACGUGGGCCGGCGACGACUGCUGCGGCGCGUGGGAGGGCGUGUCCUGCGGCGCCACCUCGGGGAGGGUCGUGGCGCUGCAACUGGAGGCGCCACCGCCGCGGGAGCGGCACUACAUGGAGGGCGCCCUGUCCCCGUCCCUCGGCGGUCUCGAGUUCCUGGAGACCUUGGUGAUCCGCGACAUGGGGAGGAUUGGGGGCGCCAUCCCGGAGAGCCUGUCGCGGCUGACGCGCCUCAGGCAGCUCUACCUCGAGGGCAACAUGCUCGCCGGGGCCGUCCCCGGGAGCCUCGGCAAGAUGAGCUCCCUCCAGUACCUGUCGCUUGCCGGCAACCGGCUGGAGGGACAGCUGCCGACCGAUCUCGGGGCCGCCUUCGGUCUGGAGCAGAUCAACGUCGCCCGGAACCGCCUCGCCGGGGCCGUGCCGCCGAGCUACAAGAAUUUGUCCAGGUUGGCGUACCUUGACCUGAGCAACAACCUCUUCUCCGGUGCUAUUCCUGGGUUUCUUGGGCAGUUGAAGAACCUGGCCCUGCUGGACCUCAGCAACAACAGCUUCUCCGGUGAGAUACCGGCGUCACUCUGCGCCUUGCGCAGCCUGACAGAUUUGUCACUGAGCCAUAACAAGCUCGGUGGCCGGAUUCCACCCCAGAUGGGCAGCCUCCGGUCUCUGAAUUCUUUGGCCAUUGAUGACAACAUGCUUGUAGGCUCCAUUCCAGCGUCAUUAUUCCUUGGCCUGCGGAAGUUGUGGUACCUGAACAUGUCAAGAAACGGGUUCUCAGGCUCACUUCCCACCGGCAUUCGCAAUGGGUUGCCGUCUUUGGAAUCCAUGGACCUCUCCCACAACCAUCUCACCGGUGGCAUCGAUGAAUUCUUGAGAAGCUUAUCAAUAGUGGUUUCCAACAAGAACAUAAGCACAGGCACCUUGCGGGUUCUUCUUCCUCAGAGACUAGAGCACCUGGACUUAUCAAAGAACAGGAUCACCGGCGCACUGCCAGACUUGGCCGGUGGCGGCCUGAAGUGGCUGGACGUUUCAAACAACGCCAUCGGCGGCCAGAUACCAAGCUCGGUUUCGAAACUGAGCGACCUGGAGAGGCUGGACAUAUCCAGGAACCAGGUCAGGGGCGUCAUCCCUGCAUCCAUGGCCGGGAUGGUGCGUUUGGAGUGGCUGGACUUGUCCAGAAACGCGCUCGUCGGGAGGAUACCCGACCAGUUCACCAGGCUGACAAGCAUGCGGCACGCGAACUUCAGGGGCAAUAAGCUGUGCGGGAAGAUACCGCAGGCCAGGCCGUUCAAUUUGUUCCGUGCGGCCGCGUACGCGCACAACCUGUGCCUGUGCGGCAAGCCGUUGCCACCGUGCAGGAUCAUAUGAACAUGUUUGGGUGUAUGGUGGUGGCCAGCAAACUGGGUGUACGCACAUGUACAAAUCAAGCGGCAACUAAUUGGUAAUCCCCAAGACUGGAAAGCACUAGUAAGUUGCAUCCAACAGUCCACAACGAGAAAUUGAAACCAGGACAAACUUGUACGGUUCGAUUCAGUUCUCACUUCUCACUCAACCUUGUCGAUCUCCUCGAUCCGAUUACACUGUGAUCUGUUUCCAUUAUAUUUGUUUGGUUUGGAUGAGGUGUAAUCAGAUACCCAGGUAACAGAUUACAGCCUAAUACAAAUCCCAUUACUCUCAAUAUUGAGCUGUAUUAGAUCCUGUUACAACUCUUCCUCGCCUCCGCGACCGUGCAUGAUUCUCUCCCCUCCACACACAACGGUGCGGCG